AAAUAUAUUGUUAAUUAUAUACGUGCGUGUUCCCCACUUUGGAAUUUAAUAGGCUCCCCUCUCUCUCUCUCUCUCUCUCUCUCUGUAUUUUCGCCUUGGUAAGGGCGUUAAUCUCGGUGCUCCAAAAUCCUAAUCCAUACUCAAUCUCUUCCAUUUCCACAGGUACAUUUCUUGAUUAGUUGAACACUUCCCUAGCAAAGCAUGGUUUCCUCUUAUCCUUUGAAAAUGUUCGGGCUUAAGAAGUCACCCUUGCAUCAAAAUGCUAGGAAUCACACUGUGGAUCCUGGAUUCAAUGGUUUUUCUAGUUCAAAUCCUUUUGAUUCUGACAAUGAAUCUGACAACAAGCAUACUAUAACACCUGCAAGGAGAACUUCGUCAGAGCCCUCUCUAAUUACCCCACAUUUGAGUACAAACCCUUUUGAUGAUGAUGAUGAUGAUUUUAAACGGACUCAUUCAUCUGCUUACUCCGCGACUUCAAAAGAAAGAAGCAGAUACAAGAAUGACUUCCGGGACUCUGGAGGAUUUGAGAACCAAACUGUAGAGGAGUUGGAAAACUAUGCAGUAAACAAGGCUGAAGAGACAACAAAGACUGUUAACAACUGCCUGAGGAUCGCAGAAGACAUUAGACAAGAUGCAGCAAAAACUGUAAUCACCUUACAUCAGCAGGGUGAACAAAUUACAAGAACCCACCUUACUGCAGCUGACAUUGAGCAUGACCUUAGCAGAGGUGAAAAGCUUUUGGGUAGUCUUGGAGGCUUGUUUUCUAAAACUUGGAAGCCUAAGAAAACACGCUCAAUUACAGGGCCAGUAAUUACUAGAGAUGUUCCAGUUCAAAGAAGGGGUAACCACCUGGAGCAGAAAGAGAGGUUGGGGUUGAGCUCUGCUAAGGAACGCUCAACUUCACGAACACCACCACCGGAACCUACUAAUGCACUGCAGAAAGUUGAGGUUGAGAUUGCAAAACAAGAUGACGCAUUAUCAGAUCUCAGUAACCUGUUGGGAGAGCUCAAAGAUAUGGCUAUUGAUAUGGGGUCUGAAAUUGAGAGGCAGAACAAAUCCCUGGAUCAUCUUCAAGAUGAUGUAGAUGAGCUCAAUUUCCGAGUCAAAGGUGCCAACAGGCGUGGUCGCCGCUUGCUAGGAAAAUAACACACUAGCAUUUAUCUCAUGUAUUAGCGCUAGAUAUUAACGUGCUCAUGUUUUCCCCUUUUUUUAACUUUGCUACUGCAAUUCCUCUAAAUCCAUCAUAAUGCCAACUUUUUUUUCCCUGUUCUGAAUUUUUUGUACACAGAUUGAGUAAAUCAAUUAAUUUCCCAGUAAUUGGGUUAACGAUCAA